AAGCAUAUUCCACAGUAUUCAUCAGCUCUUGGACUCUGCAAGGAGCACCUGGAAUGGAAAAACUUUAUCUGCCUCGUCUGGACUGUAGUACAAACUCCCAAGAAAGAAUGAAGUAACCGCUAUGGAGCCGGAAAAUGCCCCGUACUCCAAACUGAAAACCACUGGAGUCGGGGGGAGAGUUCUGAUUCUUUGGACUUUACUCUGUUGCACCUGCUCGUUGAGGCUGGCACAAGCACAAGAUGUGGAUGUUCUGCAGCAGCUUGGGCUUUCUGGAAGAAGGGCAGGCGGGUCGUCAUCUUCAGGCUCUCGAUCAAUCCCCAAUGGCAUCAUCCCCUUCAAGGCAGGAGUUAUCCUCACCCCAAGGGCACGCAUCCAGGUGCCUCUGCGCACCGUCAUCCCUGCUAACUACAGCUCCAUCAAUCUCUCCCUGGUCCUCAGUCUGUCCGUGCAUCGCAUCAACAGUGCUUUCCUUUUCUCCAUUCUGUCUAAAAAAAGGAAAGUUCAGCUGGGAGUGCAGUUCGUGCCAGGGAAAAUCCUGGUACAUGCAGGGCAGAGGAGCUCUGUGAGUUUUGACUAUGAUGUCCAUGAUGGCCGGUGGCAUAGUCUGGCCUUGGAUAUCCAAGGUAAUCAGGUGUUCUUGCACACUUCUUGUGGAGAGAAAAGUGUACAUGCAGAUUUGCAUUUUAAAAAAGCGGAGGCUCUGGAUGCAGAGGGCUCUUUCCUGCUGGGCAAAAUGAACCACAACUCGGUGCCGUUUGAAGGCGCCAUCUGUCAGUUUGACAUUUAUCCCUCUGCUAAGGCAGCUCAUAACUAUUGUGAUUACAUUAAGAAACAUUGCAGAGAAGCUGACACGUAUCGGCCUGUGCUUCAACCCCUGCUACCUCUAUUCCCCAAAGACCCCAACAUUACUGUCACUCUAAGAACUCCAGGGUCCUUGAAAGAGAUAUCCAAAAACACAGAGAGACCAACUCUGGCCCUAACAGAGAAAAACAUGUGGACUGCGGUUCUUUUUCCGACUGACCGCUUGCUGAUGCAGAACCAAACAUCUGUGUUUCAGACUGAGAGCACUCCUAGACCUGAUGCUGUGUCUGCUUCUCCACCAGUUCAACCUGGCUUAGAAAGUCCUUUUAAAUACCCGACUCAAACUUCUACUGCGUCUCUUAUGACCAGCGGGACACCACCAAACAUCAAACUGACUGCUUAUGGUAGUGCUGGAAAGAACACAGCGCAAGGAGAAACUGAUCCUCAGAAACCUCUUGACCAAAUUAUGGAUUUACCUGCGUCCACAAGACCAUCUGAGAUGACAGCAAAACUCCAGACCACAGCUGCUUUCACACAGGGGUCCCCUUCAAACGCCUACCUUCCUCAUAAAAACCAGUCGAGCACAGAAGCUCCAGAGAAACAUGAGACAAAAGUGACCAGUGUGCAGGAUGACAAACCCACCUCGCUUAUUCUAGUCACUCCAGCUGCAACAGAUGGCUUCCAAACUUUUGACGUGGAGCCGACCCAGUUCUCAAUGCUGGCUGGACCACCUGGACUAAAGGGAGAACCAGGACCGCCGGGACUUGAAGGGCUGCCAGGGCUGCCAGGAAAAGCAGGGAAGAGGGGCCCAAGGGGUCCUCCUGGCCCACAUGGAAACCCUGGGCGCCCCGGACCUCCAGGAGUGAAGGGGCAAAAAGGAGAUCAUGGACUGUCCCCUGGUCUGGCCCCUAAAGGACUUAAAGGAGAGCCUGGUGUAUUUGGCCCUCCUGGACUGCCUGGCCAAGCUGGACGGAAGGGACAAAAAGGUCACCCUGGUCCUUCUGGUCUACCCGGUGAAUCUGGUGAACGGGGAGAUGAUGGAAGCACGGGGGCCAAAGGCUAUCCUGGCAGGCAGGGUUUACCCGGGCCGCUAGGGAAAAAGGGGCUGAAAGGAGUCAGGGGUCACAUUGGCCUCCCUGGGCUUUUUGGCCGUCGUGGUCCUGAUGGCGAGAGAGGAAUCCCUGGUGUUCAUGGGCAGAAGGGCAAGAUGGGUAGGCCGGGGUUUCCUGGAGACUUUGGAGAGAGGGGACCCCCUGGCCCUGAUGGGAACCCAGGUGAGCUGGGAGCUCCUGGGCCGUGCGGAGUCCCUGGUCUCAUUGGAGACAUGGGCCCUGUUGGCGUUAUGGGCUUAUCAGGACCACCAGGACUCAAGGGAGUACCAGGAAACCAAGGGGAACCAGGACUGAAAGGUGAUAAGGGGGAUGUCGGCUUGCCAGGAGAGCCAGGCCUGUGUGGGUUCCAAGGUGAUAAGGGUAUCCGUGGUUUACCUGGGAUGCCUGGUCUUUGUGGAAAACCUGGACUGCAGGGUAAAGCUGGUGAAAAGGGCCCUGAUGGUUUACCCGGCCCUCCUGGUCCAGAGGGCUUCCCAGGAGACAUAGGCCCGCCAGGACAAAAUGGCCCUGAAGGACCCAAGGGAAAACAAGGGACAAGAGGUUUGCCAGGUCCAAGAGGAGCACUCGGACUUCAGGGUGAUGAGGGACCAGUAGGGCCAGUUGGACUUCCUGGACUCGAGGGCAGGCCUGGGAGGCAGGGAUUCCCUGGACUGACAGGCCCAGAUGGACUCAAGGGCGAGACCGGGAUAACUGGCGAGGUCGGAAAGCCUGGCGAGAGGGGCAUGCCUGGUUUCAUCGGGCCUGUCGGAGAGACCGGCAUCACCGGAGAAAAGGGGGAUCGAGGGAAAACUGGCGUCCCCGGGCCACCAGGUGAACCAGGGCCGAUGGGUCACACAGGAAUACCUGGAGAGACGGGGCCACCUGGACCACAAGGAAUCCCAGGCCCUCCUGGUUCACGGGGAUACACUGGCAUCAGAGGCCCAAAAGGCACAAGGGGUCCGUGGGGUCCUGAUGGCCUAGUGGGGGAGAAAGGAUCCACUGGAGUCAAGGGUCCUGAUGGUCCACCAGGAAAAUUGGGUCUCCCUGGGGAAAUGGGAAAACUUGGUGAGCCAGGUGAAGCCGGGUCUAAGGGAUUUCCAGGUAUCCAAGGACCCUCAGGACCUCCAGGGGCCAAAGGACUUGCAGGAGAGCCUGGACCAGCAGGGCCACCAGGAACGAUUGGGCCACUGGGGGAGAUGGGACCAAUGGGGCCGACGGGGAAGGCUGGAGAGAGAGGGCUGCCUGGUGAACGUGGGGAGAAGGGUGCCAUUGGUCUACCUGGUAACUUUGGGGAGCAGGGUUUGAUUGGCCAGAGAGGGGAGCCAGGCAUUGAUGGGGAGGCUGGAACAAGCGGACCUGAUGGAGCCAAGGGUGAAAAGGGGGAGCCCGGUCCAGAGGGCCCUACAGGAGACAGGGGGGAAAUUGGUCUUAAAGGAAAGGAAGGACCUCUUGGUCCACCUGGGCUUGUGGGUGUAAGGGGUCAGGAGGGGAAGCCUGGUAAAAUUGGUGAGAGAGGAAAACCUGGAGAAAAGGGAAGCAAGGGUCACCAAGGCCACCUGGGUGAGACUGGACCAGUAGGUGACCAGGGGGAGAUGGGGUUUGUCGGGCAGAAGGGAACGAGAGGAACCAUCGGACCAGUGGGUGCUCCUGGAAGAAUGGGCCAACAAGGAGAACCAGGAAUAUCAGGUUAUGAGGGUCACAUGGGGCCACAAGGACCUCUGGGACCACCUGGGCCAAAAGGUGAAAAGGGUGAGCAGGGAGACGACAGCAAGGCAGAAGGUCCUGCAGGCCCCCAAGGUGACAGAGGUCCUUCUGGGGACAGAGGAGAGAGAGGAGAGCCUGGGGACCUCGGACAUACUGGUCAAAUUGGAGUUGAUGGAAAGAGAGGUGAAGCUGGUGCUCAAGGGCUUCCUGGACAUCCAGGGCCAAAGGGACAACCAGGGCUAAAAGGAUCCAAAGGUGAUCAAGGUAAAAAAGGAAAAUCAGGGUUGAGAGGAGCGCCUGGGACCAAAGGACCACCAGGUCCAGAGGGCCCCCCUGGCCCACGGGGAGUCGUAGGCAGGGAGGGACUUGAGGGCCCGCCUGGCCUGGAUGGACUUUCUGGUAAAGAUGGGAGUAAAGGAGUCAUGGGGGAGCAAGGAGAUGAUGGAGAGGUGGGCUCCCCUGGCAAACCCGGGCUGCAGGGUACACCUGGUGUUAUAGGGCUGCCUGGCAGUCAAGGCUCCUUUGGACCAAAGGGUGAGAGGGGUUUCCCAGGUCAGGCCGGUGUAUCAGGAAAAAGAGGCUCUGUUGGUGGGAUGGGAUUACCAGGAAGGCAAGGAGACCUCGGACCCAAAGGGCAACCAGGGGAUACUGGUGAACAAGGAUUUCCAGGGGUGUUGGGGAUGUUUGGACCAAAGGGUCCCCUGGGAGACUUUGGCCCACCAGGGAUACAGGGACCCAGAGGACCACGUGGUUUGAUGGGAAUGGAGGGAACUCUGGGCCCCGUCGGCAUCAUCGGCCCCAGCGGUCACUCAGGACCCCAGGGUGACAAAGGAAGUCGAGGGGAGAUGGGGUUGCAAGGACCAAGGGGCUCUCCAGGCCCUAGUGGACCACCUGGACCACCAGGUCUCGCUAGCACCCUUUCUCUUCAAAAUGAGGCUCUCGGUGUCGCCUUCAAAGUCAUCAUUGAUUCCCAUGCUGCACUGAGACCAGAGCUGAACUAUCAGAGCUUGGACCUGCCCAUGUUAGACCAGGGCACGGAGAUCUUCAAAACUUUGCAGCACCUCAGCACUUUGAUCCAGAGUCUGAAGAACCCGCUAGGAGCCCGAGACAACCCUGCCCGGAUCUGCAGAGACCUCUACAACUGUGAACAGAGGCUGCACGACGGUACUUACUGGAUCGACCCGAACCUCGGCUGUACUGCUGACACUAUUGAAGUUACGUGUAACUUCACAAGUGGAGGACAGACGUGCCUGAAACCAAUCACAGUAUCUAAGUUGGAGAUAGGAGUGGGCCGCAUUCAGAUGAACUUCAUUCACCUUUUGAGCACUGAGGCUGUACAGCACAUCACCAUUCACUGCCUCAACACCCCAGUGUGGGCAGCAGGACCUUCCCUGCAACCUUCAUCCAGAGCUGUGAGCUUCAAGGCCUGGAGCGGGGAGAGGAUACAGGCAGGCGACCUCCUGGAGCCGCUCAUACCCAGGGACGACUGCUGGAUCAAAGAUGGCCGCUGGCACAAGACCCACUUCAUCUUCCAAACCCAGGACCCAAACUUACUCCCCAUAGUGGAUGUCUACAACCUCCCGACUACAGAGCCUGGUGCCAGCUUCCACCUCGAGGUCGGACCUGUGUGUUUCUUAUAGCCCUUUGUGGAGGGGCCGGGAUCCCUCCUCAAAGGAGUGACUGCAUGAAGGAGGGCAGACGUUUGGGGGGCGAGACUAAUGCUUCUGUGGUUUCCAGAACGACUGCCCCCUCGAUUUUCUCUCCACAAAAUAUGCUUGGACUGCAGAAACAGGAGGAGGGCACCGGAGAGAGAGAGAGGAGUCCCAGUGAAAGAAUGCAGAGAUAAGACUUGAAGCACUCAUCAGCCUACGGAAAACAAUACUGCGCUUCUUUUUCAGAGACUUGUUUAUAUGAUACAAGACCUGACGCGCCGAACUGUCAAUCAGUCAUCUCUUGGACCUUGUUGUAGCAUAUUUUCUUCACGGUCUGAUAUCUGAUUCUUCAAUAGUGCUUCUGUACAGACCCACGGAACAGUUCCUAUUUUAAUGUGUAUUAUUUAUACGUGUAUAUGUGCUGUAUAUUGUAAUAUAAAGUGCAAUAGUUAUUGCUCCGCAGCCUGUAGGCGUAUAAAAUGUCACCACACAUCACUCAUUCAGGUAAACAGUGUGCCUCAGACACACAGGUGCACUGUCUCAUGUCCAGGUAAGUCUUCUUGAGCCUCUGAUAGCUACACAGUGCUGAUCGAACCCGUGUUUGUACAGUUCAUAUCUUCGCACAGACGUCUGCUGUGUGGUGAUUUCCAUGUUCGAAUGGAUUGAAGCUUUUUCCACAGUGUGACCAAAAAGAGUGUGAAGAUGCUACCUCAACUCACAGAGAGAAGACGUUACCUGAUGUAGUGUGGGCUGACAGAGGGGACACCUGGUGCUCUAACAGUGGCCACUCAUGAUGAUCUCUUGUCAGCUCUCAGAAGCUAUGUUUUUUUUUUUUUUACAGAAAAGGGAAGAUUGUAAAAUAUAAGAUAUACACGCAGGCCAAAUCUGUUAAAUUAUAUGUUCAUGUUUUCACUAUCUUUGUACCAUCUGACAGAGUCUGAAACUUUAAGUUAAGUUUUUUUUUAUCUCUAAAUGUAUGUGUUUAUAAUAAUGCAGCCUUCAUUAACCAUCUACGGUGGUUUCUAUUUAAUUCAUCUUUUAUUUAAAUUCUGAUUAGCUUUCCAGUUCAAACCCAGGUAUCAAUAACAGUUGUAUCACUCUUUGAAGCUUUAAGGAUUCUCCCGUCUGUUUGUGUUAUUUUAAACUAUUUGAACAAUCAACUGUAUGUGAGGACAUGACCAUCCUUUUAUUUACUGUCUUUCAAAUCUCUUUCAAAGGUGCAGCAAUGAUGGUUGGGUCAACCAAUCAAUAAACUCAGAGGAUUUCUUACAACACACAACAAUUAGCUACAGCGGUACAUGUACUCACAGGUGUUUGGUCUGUACAGAGAUUUAUGUUGAGUGAAUGGAGUCGAAUGACUCUUCAGGUAAUUCAAUAAAAGUCUGAACCUUUUCUUGA